AUGUCGCAUACAGGCACUUUUAGGGGAACACCCAAUAAGACCAUCGGGAGAGGAAGGCUGCCCGACUUCGAGAGUUCAGGUGCUUCCCACAUCCCCCGACCCCGUUCAGACCGUCCAGAAUCCUCCGCCGCAUCCACCCACACCCCAUCCAGCGACGUCGGAAGUGGCACUAUGAGCGCCGCCAGUAGCAGACAACGACAGAACCAGUCGAAGCGUGAUGAGGCAAUCCGUCGCAAGAUGGAGGCCGACCUCAACAAGAAGAAGCAUCACCCGACCAAGGCGAGAAAUGCCCGCAAAGCCCCGCCGGGCACCGUGCUCGCCCUGAAGCCCAGCCAGGCUCUCCAGAUCAAGCCCACCCUCAGCAUUGCCGAGGCUGCCCAGCUGAUGGCCGCGAAGCGGGAGGAUUGUGUGUUGGUUACCGAUGACGAUGAGCGAAUUGCUGGUAUUUUCACUGCAAAGGAUUUGGCUUUCCGCGUGGUUGGCGCUGGCCACAAGGCGCGAGAGGUGACCGUGGCCGAGAUUAUGACCAAGAACCCCUUGUGCGCGCGAACGGACACUAGCGCUACCGAUGCGCUUGACCUGAUGGUUCGCAAGGGCUUCAGACAUUUGCCGGUCAUGGACGAGAACCAGGAUAUUUCGGGUAUUCUGGAUAUCACCAAGUGCUUCUACGAUGCGAUGGAGAAGCUGGAGCGUGCCUAUAGCUCGUCGCGGAAGCUGUACGAUGCUUUGGAGGGUGUUCAGACCGAGCUGGGCUCUAGCCAGCCCCAGCAAGUUAUUCAGUACGUCGAGGCGCUGCGAUCCAAGAUGUCCGGCCCGACUCUUGAGACUGUCCUGGAUGGCAUGCCCCCCGUGACUGUCUCCGUCCGAACGACUGUCAAGGAUGCCGCCGCAUUGAUGAAGGAGCACCAUACCACUGCCUUGCUGGUGCAGGACCAAGGCUCCAUCACUGGUAUCUUCACCAGCAAGGAUAUCGUUCUUCGUGUCAUUGCUCCCGGUCUCGACCCUGCCACCUGCAGCGUGGUGCGCGUCAUGACUCCCCACCCUGAUUUCGCUCCCUCCGAUAUGAGCAUUCAGGCUGCCCUCCGCAAGAUGCACGAUGGCCACUAUCUCAACCUCCCCGUCAUGAACGAGGGCGGCGAGAUCGUCGGCAUGGUGGAUGUGCUGAAGCUUACCUAUGCCACCCUCGAGCAGAUCAACACUAUGUCGACCCAGGAUGACGAAGGCCCGGCCUGGAACAAGUUCUGGCUGUCUAUGGAUCACGAAUCCGACUCUAUGGUCUCUGGAAGCCAGCCGGCGCCUCACACGCCGCACCGUUCCGUCAUGAGCCCCGAUCUGGCUCGAUCACAGUAUGAUAACAGCGUGCUGCCGAACGAGUCCGCUUCGCACCACGGGGGUGACGAGCACUCUGAAGUGGCUUCUCAGCACCACCAGCACCAUGCUGAGAACGCGCCGUUCCCCUUCAAGUUCAAGGCUCCUAGUGGUCGUGUUCACCGUGUGAACGUCCUGAGCUCCUCUGGCGUCGCCGACCUGGUCGCCCAGGUGACUGCUAAGCUCGGCGCCGAGCUUGAGGCAGUGGGCGGCGAGGCCGUAGUCGAGGAGGGUCGACUCAGCAACACGGGUUAUGCUCUGAGCUACAUGGAUAACGAGGGCGACACGGUCUCGAUCACCACCGACCAGGAUUUGCUGGAUGCUAUUGACCUUGCCCGCCGCGCCCGUCGUGACAAGGUUGAUCUCUUUGUUCAUGACCCGGCCCAGCCUCCUAUCCCUGCCACCCUCGACCCGCAGCCCACUAAGCCUGCGACUCCCGUUAUUGAGGAGCCCAAGAGUGUGGUGCCAGAGACUCCAUCGGAGGAGCCUCUGCUGAGCAAGCCCCGACAGGCCCUCCCUACACACCCCGGCCCCGAGGAGCAGUUCAUCUCUGGCGUUCCCAACGAGCUCCUUCUGCCCGGAGCCAUCGUCACUCUGGCGGCGGUCAUUGCGGGUGUAUUCAUCCUCAGCCGUCCCAGCGGUCGUUGA